UGCGCGCAGUGCAUUGUGGGAUUCAAAAUGGAGUUUGUUAUCAAGAUGUCAGCUGAAACGUCGCGUCUUGGACUUAUUUAACGAAUUUUAUUUAAUUGUCUAGUUGCUGUUUUUCGCACACGUACCAAACAAUGCACUGUAUGGGAUUGGUUUGUUUCGCUAGGGCCGCGGUUGGUCCAAACUCUUUUCUUCGACUCUACUCACGCAAUUUCAAUGCUAGAAAAUGUUCCGAAAGCCGGUACCAGUGGACAGAUGCUCGGUGCCCAGCAGGAUGGACCAACAUCAAUAAUUACAGUCAGGAAGCACGUAAGAAUGAAUUGGGACAGUAUGUUUGCUAUCAUCUUCCACACAGGACCUUAAUGAAAGUUCAAGGGCAAGAUACAAGAUCGUUUCUUCAAGGUAUUGUAACCAAUGACAUGGAGCUCUUUGCAAAAGAGGAACAGAACGUUUUGUAUGCGCACAUGCUGAACGUUCAAGGAAGGACACUGUAUGACAUUAUCAUAUACAGGUUGAAAGUAGCAGAAGCGGGUUGUGGUGUUCUGGUCGAGUGUGACACCACCAUAAAGGACGUAAUUUUGAAACAUUUGAAGGUGUACAAAAUCCGCCGGCAGGUGCAGAUCAGCACCUGUCCAGAGCUUUCUCUAUGGGCUGUGUUGCCUCAGGGAACAGCCCCAGGCCACAAGAGGCCUAAGCCAGAUCUCACUGCCCCAGAAAAAGCUCUGAUGUGGGAGGAAGAUCCGAGAACUGAAGCCAUGGGCUGGAGGUUGGUGGUGGACAACGAAGUCGAUCCUCUGGAAAUGAUUCCAUGGUGUCAGCAAGGCAACUCAGAAGAGUACCACAGGCACCGCUAUGCAAUAGGACUUCCUGAGGGGGUGAAGGACCUUCCUCCCGGGGUGGCUCUUCCUCUGGAGUCCAACCUGGUCUACAUGCAGGGCAUCAGCUUCAGUAAGGGCUGUUACAUUGGCCAGGAGUUGACCGCCAGGACUCAUCACACCGGGGUGGUGCGGAAGCGCCUGAUGCCUGUACGCAUGUCAGCACCAGCCAAAGGCCUGGAGGAAGGAGUAUCGCUACAGACCCAGUCUGGCAAGCCAGCCGGGAAGCACAGGGCCGGGGUUGGAGAGCUGGGCCUGAGCCUGAUCCGCCUGGCUCACGCUAAAGAGCCACUGACACUCAAGGCGUCAGAGGACACCACAGUGACUCUAGAGGCCUCUGUGCCAGACUGGUGGCCCAAAGACACUAAAGCAAAAUGAGGAUAGAGGUAUUUAUUGACCCCAACAAUAUGAAACGUACAUAUGUUCAAAAGAGCCAUCUUCUCAUUCCAAAUUCAUCUAAUACAGUAUCUCACUGGUACCACUAGCAGCCAUGUCUGACAAUAGUUUUACUUUGUUUGCAAUAUUGAAAUUGCUUUAGAUAGGCAAAUUAUAAUUUCAGAGUCUAUCUUCCUUGAAACUAUGCUGUUUGCCAGUUGUGCACCACAAUUUACUAGCUAUUGUCAGAAAUAUUACUAUGCAUCUCUGGUGUAAUAAACAUAUAAGGACAC